AUGCGCUCUUUUACUACAUUUACAGUUCUCCUCACGGCCGUGUUGAGUACCUUCACCAAUGCUGCUCCCAUCACCCUCCCCGGCGUCUCCGUCCCCACUGUUCCCUCUGUCAAGUCUGAAGUCUCUGGUCUUCACAGGGAGCUUGGUGUCCCUGGCAUCGGUCGGGAGACCCAGGGCGAGACCGCAGUUGGAAUUCCUACCCCCUCGGUUGCUGUUGUCUUCACUGGCAUCUUCACCCAGAUCCAGCCCUUGACUGAGCAGCUCGCCUACAUCAACGCAGAAAAUGCCACCGUUGCUGCCAUAUCACCUGUCGUCGCUCAAAUCAAAACUCAACUCACCAGUGCUGUCUCUCAACUCCAGGCACUCAUUGGCCAAGACCCCUCCGUCAUCCUUGCGCCUGUUGAGGGCACCGUCUUGAUGACUGUCGCCGAACUUGCAACACUCAUUGCUGGUGACCUCUGCAUUCUCUUCACUGCUCUCGGUGCCGUUCUCAAGGUCGUCGUUGGUGACGUCCGUACAGAAGUUCUCCCCAUGCUCGCUGACCUCGGCUGCGACGUCACCUUCAUCCUCAAGAUCGUUGUCACGCUCGUCGGUGGCAUCGUUGCUUCCCUUUCUCCUCUCCUUGCCCCUGUCCUCGCGGUCAUCGCUUCUUUAGGUCUCACAGACCUCUUGUCCCUCCUCGGUCUUUCCCUUUAA